AUGGCGGGUGGCGGGGCUGCAGUGCCGCCGGCAACUUUCCAUAAUUUGCAGAACUGGAUCAACCAACAACAGUCCUCACCCACACCUUUGACUGACGAGCAGCGCGAGGCUCUGCUGAGACUAGAGCUCGCCGUCCACGCGGUACCGGUACCUGAGCCCGAACCUGAGUUAGGAGACAGGAACUGGGUCGGUAUACUGCUGGAAUAUCGAGCUGCGAACCAGCGCGGUCCCAAUGGCAUUUCUGGCGUCAAGUUCACAGAAGGAGCUGUGGAUCCCACCGGUCGCGGCGUGCUGAAGUGGAAGUGCCGAGUCAUGAUCGACGAGUAUUCAGAGACCUUUCCCAUCCCUGGAUUCGGUCUUCUGUCAGAUGGCACCCCCCCUUCUUUUGCGAGGAAGAAGGACGCCAAACAGUACUCAGCCAAGUGUGCUGUGGAGUGGCUGCAGGCGAAUGGACACAUGCCUCAGGAAGGCGGCGUGAGGUUCCCCAAGCAGAUCACGCCCCAGCAGACACCGAUUAAACAAGAACCGAAACCCUCGCCUGCAAUCCCAGCAAUCACAUCGAAGGAGGCCUUGAAAGCACGCGUGGCCAGCUCGCCUGUCCCGCCUGCAACACCAGCAAAGACGCCCCCGAAGGCACCCAUGGCCGCCUCUCCCUUCGACGACUCGCAGCCUUCCGCAACCUACGAGGUCGCAGAGCUCUGCAAGGAACUCGAUCUACCAGUACCGUUGUACAUCAUGGACCAGCCAAGCAUUGGCUUCUGGAGCGGCCACGCGGAUUUCGGAGCUGAAGGCUACAGGGUGCCCUUCCUGGUCGACGUUGUACGAGUCGAUAACAUCAUGAGCAAGAAGGCCGCCAAGGAGAGGAUUGCGGAGGAGCUGCUGAAGCAUCUACGGGGCGUACAGGCGAAGCGGGAGGAGGAGAAGCGGAUGUUCUUGGAGGCCGUGGAUACUACCAUGGCGAAUGAUGCGCCGUAG